AUGUACAACAUAAGCACGCUUCUUCUGCUCGGCAACAGCUCCCUUACUGUUCUAUUCGUUUCUAUAGUGUAUGCAGCCUGUGUUAAAAACAGCAAUAAAGAUCUCUUCCUAUUCCUUCUCCUGAGCAAGAUAUGCACUUUCUUUCUUUUCUCCAGGGGAAUUCUCCUGCAGAGAACAGUAGACCAAAAGUACGCCAUAUACGUGGUAGUAUAUGAGAUGCUUUCCAUUCUCUAUCUAUACCACAUAAGCCUGCUCGCAUUCGUGCACAUGGCUACGUUGCUAUGGUCUAACUCAGCGUACAUACUUACGAUUCUCUUGGGAAUAUACAACACAUACAUCCAGCACUCGUGGAGAAGACACAGGAGGCUCCUUUCAGGGGAAAUAGACAUCCUCUACUACAAUCUAACCGUGUCCAGUGAAAUACUGUCUUUUAUAUCUAGAUUUGCAUCUUCUCUUUAUCUGAUGUCUGAUAACACGGUUGUAUCUAAAAUUCUUAUUCUUUCAUAUCUGGUGAUAAACAUGUGGGGAACAGGAGGCUGUUUACUGGCUAGUUCUGCGUUUAUUGUGCUCUGGUCGUUUAAAGAUGUCCUGCUCGCCCAGUCCAUCAGUGGAAUAACUCUGUUCGUGCUGACAUCUAUCAAGUUUGGGUUUUUGCUAGCUGAUAGGUACUUACAAUGGAGCAUAAAAAAUGCGUCUCCCAAAAGAAUAGCGCUGGAGUGA